CUGAAGACCCCGGUGGAACUGGCCCAGCGGCAGAAUGCAGGCACUCCACCUUCAUCACCGCAGCCCCAGCAGCUACCGGGUCAAGGCCAGGGCAUCCCAUGUGGAUGAGACCCUGUUUGGCAGCCCAACAGGGACUCCACCAUCUCUACCAGACUUUGAACCACCCUGGGUGCAGAAUUGUAAUAGGUCCAGAGGAGUGAGCCCAGGACUGCCGAAGGUCUCUGUGGCCAAGAGAGACUGUGAGUCCCCCUCCUCCAGGGGUAGCACCGCAAACCUCACACUAAGGAAGAAAAACAAAUAUAGGUUGAUUGGCCACACCCCAUCCUACUGUGAUGAGUCACUGUUUGGCUCCCAGCCACAGGGCACCAGCAAGGAGAGGUCUCAGACAGCCAUGGAGGAUGCUGCCAAGCUCCAGACUCUUUUCUGGACCCCGCCAUCCACCCCUAGGGGCAGCUAUUCACCUCGCCCCAGGGUGACCCCACUACGAGCUAUUCACCCAGCUGGACCCUCCAGGACAGAGCCCAGAGUGGCCAAAGACUCCCAGAGGAUGUUCCGGGAUGGGCUGGAUGUUCCCCGCUCUCUGGGACAGAGGCGUUCCCAUUCACUCACCCACCUAACCAUCCCCAGCACGGGUUCCUGGUCUUACACAUCAGGGGCGACUGUCCAGAGUCCCUUGAUCACUUGUAACGUAUGCUCAGGCAGUGUGUCAGUACCAGCUACCCCUCCCCGAAAGCCAAAGGCUCCUUGGAAAUGA